AUGGAUUCAACCUUGAACGAUGAGUCCCAGGAGGUGCUCGAAAAUGAAAUCGCAAACUUAGAACUCCGCCUCCAAAGAGCCAAACAUCGCCUAGCGAAAUCAGAUACCACGAAUAUUAACAAGCCAUCUCUUUCCUACCCGUCAUCACAAUCCGCACACCACUACCUCCUCCUCCUCUCAGACUCCGCCCUCCCACUAGGAUCAUUCGCCUUCAGCUCCGGACUAGAAUCAUACCUAUCACACACGCGGCGCGGACCCCGCCCCGGCGGCCCCUCAUUCCCCACCUCCACCUCGGCGUCUGCGUCUGCAUCUGCAUCUCCGUUCUCGUCUUUCCUCCCGCUGUCCAUAUCCUCGUACGCCAGCACCACGCUCCCCUUCACGCUCGCCGCCCACCGCGACCCCGUCCCGGAUACACUCGUCGCCCUCGACGACGCGCUGGACGCGGCCAUCGUGUGUGCCGUCGGCCGCCGCGCUUCCGUCCAGCAGGGCCGCGCGCUCCUGGCCAUCUGGGAGAAAAGCAUUGCCGCGGCUGCGGAUCCGCGCGGGACGCUGGUGCCGUACGCGGAGGUGUUGCGGGCCGGCGCGGCUAGCGGGGACGGUGGGAAAGAACUGCCGCCUCCAGUGUCGGCGCACCUGGCGCCGCUGUUCGGCGCCGUGGCUAGCUUGUGCGGGCUCAGUCUGCGGCAGACGGCGUAUGUGUUCAUGCUGAGCCACGUCAAGGCGCUUGUCUCGGCCGCCGUCCGGGCCGGGCUGUUCGGGCCGUACCAGGCGCAGCGGAUUCUCGCGGGGGGCGAGGUGCAGGGUCUGCUGACGGAAGUAAUUGCGCGGGAGUGGGAUACGGCGGUUGAGGAGGCGGGGCAGAGCGUGCCGGUGAUGGAUUUGUGGAUUGGACGGCAUGAGUUGUUGUAUUCUAGGAUAUUCAAUAGCUGA